GUUUAAACCAGCAACUGUUGUUUCCAUAAUUUGGUCUGGUUGUCACCUCAGAAACCCAGAAGCUAUCAGCAAAACGACGAAACUACUUCCAACCCAGUUUCGAAUUCAUGCGCACAAUCCCACCACCAAGUGCCGUUUGCAAUUUGUGCAGUGUUUCAUGCAUUGAACACGUUAUGGUCAUUCCUCAGUAUGGAAUGUAUGACACGUACUCAAAACCAGCUUUACUCAUUACCCCACUGUUGUUUUUACUUUGUUUGGACCAUUGCAUGUAUAAAUUUCCUACCUUUGGUAUUAUUUUCCUGUGGAUUCUGCUGCUUGAGGCGCUGCAGCAUAAAGGGGUUCCAAACUUAUGUUUAAUUCCUCAUUCAAUAGCUUCAUAGAUCCUCUGAGUGUUACACGAUUAUGGAUUUGGAGGAUAGAUUAAGUUCAACAGAUCCACAAGGUUUGGCUGACAAAGCAACUGCAGAACCUGAAGUUGUUUCAAAAAAGAAAGAACUACCAUUACGUUUGUUUUUUGGGAAUGGUCCAAGAGUCCACAAGAAAUUAUGCAUAGCAUGGGGUGUGGCUGACAGACGCUGUGGACAAUGUGGUAAAGUUGGACAGCUAGUCUGCUUUUCCCCAAACUUCCGAAAAUGGGCUUUAAGGAGAGUAACCGUUGAAGAGCUCAAUCAAACUUGCAAUAGAUGUAAUGAACGUGGACACCUCGAUCCGGAUUGUGAUCUCUCUUUUACAACUCAAAAAUCGGCUGAAAUUCCUGUUCCCAAAAAGAGGUCAGUGCAUUGUGGAUUGUGUGGUAAAGUUGGACAUAACCGAAGGACAUGUUUGCAAGCAGGACGUGAUUGAAUGUUUAUGGCUACAAUAUGUUAUUAAGAAUAUCAGUACCUUUUUAUCUUUUCAUUUCUCAACAUUCUCUUUUAAACUUUUUCAUCUUAAACGAACUGAUUAUAAAUACAGAUUUGGUUCUUCCUAAUUUUUCUCCAUUCGGGCAUGGCUUAUUUGUAUGCAUAAGCUCUGUUGCAAAUGCUGAUCAUGACUUCAUGUUGGAAAAAGUUAUUUUAAGCAUCA